CCUGCCAACUCUCCGAACAUGUUGCCUAUAGAACCUAUUUGGCACAUCCUCAAGCAUCGCUUGCGUGCACUCCCACGGCUCCUGACCACGCAGGAGGGGUUGAAGAAGACGAUCAAAAAGCUAUGGGAUGAAUUGACGGUGGAGGAGAUUGAUCAUUAUAUUGCACAGAUGCCGGAGUGA